GAAACUGAAUUGCUGGCGAAGCCGAGAAACGGAAAAAUGAUUAUGAGACUCAUUGAAUGGAAGUUAUGGAACAUAUCCAAAGGCAAGUUACACCCUUACCCAAACCACACCGCCCCAAAAUCCAUUAAUUUUACAGAAAAAGAAAAAUAUAAAUUAAUUUGUAGUUCCAAAAAAAGGUUAAACUUAGGAAAUCGAUUACCCACGUCUCUACCCUUCCACGUGUCCCGGUACCUAUAUAUCAUGCCAGACCACUAAAACGGUCAUCGGCCAAUCCCAUUAUUUUAACCAACAUUUUUUCGCUUUCCAUCCCUUCGCCGCCUUCGGUUUUCGCCGUUGGCUUCGUCGGAGAACCCAAAAAAUGAUAAUAAUAAAAAAUUUUCCUGAACUACAGUCUGUCUACAUGUGAUCUCGGAUCACACUUUGCGGUUCCUCCGGUGACGGCCAAUGUCUCCGCCUCUACAUUCUUCAAUUGUUGUUUAAUUAUCUGCAGCGUCGCUCUUCCUCAUCUUCAACAUUGAUUAUUCUUUUUGGCCAUUCAUUUUGGGAGCUUCAAUGGCGGAGGAGUAUUCUGAACCGGUGGUGUGCCUUCAUGGCGAUCUCGAUUUGAAAAUCAUUGAAGCGCGGUGUUUGCCGAAUAUGGAUAUGGUCUCGGAGCGUGUCCGCCGAUUCAUAACCUCCCUAAAGACCUGCACGGCGAAGUUUCCACUCAGUUCCGAAGCCAAAAAGCAACAUCCGCACCACCGGAAGAUGAUUACCAGUGACCCUUACGUCACUGUCUGUCUCGCCGGAGCUACAGUUGCUCGCACGCGCGUCAUCUCUAACUGUCAGAACCCCGUGUGGAACGAACAUUUCAAGAUUCCUCUGGCACACCCGGUGUCGCGCGUUGAGUUCUACGUCAAGGACAACGACAUGUUCGGCGCCGAUUUGAUAGGGAUCGCCACGGUCUCGGCCCGGCGAGUCAUGUCGGGCGAAACCAUCAGUGAUUGGUUCCCGAUAGUGGGCUCGUUCGGGAAGCCGCCGAAGCCCAACGCUGCCGUGAGACUCGAAAUGAGAUUCACGAAAUGCGAGGACAAUCCAUUGUACCAGUAUGGCAUUUCGGCCGAACCGGAAAGCUUCAGCAUCCGAGAUUGCUAUUUUCCGGUGCGUAAAGGAGGGUCGGUGACGCUGUAUCAGGACGCUCAUGUUCCGGAUUUUAUGUUGGAAGAUAUAGAAUUGGAAGAAGGGAAUGUGUUUCGGCACGAAAAGUGUUGGGAGGAUAUAUGCCAUGCAAUACUGGAGGCUCAUCAUCUGGUUUACAUUGUGGGUUGGUCCGUCUAUCACAAGGUGAAGCUGGUAAGAGAGCCAACCAAGCCGUUGCCCGGCGGAGGAAAUCUGAACUUGGGGGAGCUGCUCAAGUAUAAGUCGCAAGAAGGGGUGCGAGUUUUGUUGCUGGUUUGGGAUGAUAAGACUUCUCACAGCAAAUUCUUCAUCAAUACGACUGGAGUUAUGCAAACUCAUGAUGAAGAAACUCGGAAGUUUUUCAAGCAUUCUUCUGUCUCAUGUGUACUAUCUCCUCGAUAUGCCAGCAGUAAGCUUAGCAUUUUCAAGCAACAGGUUGUUGGAACCCUGUUUACCCAUCAUCAGAAAUGUGUGAUUGUAGAUUCACAAGCAUCCGGAAAUAACAGGAAGAUAACUGCGUUUCUAGGAGGUCUAGACCUUUGUGAUGGUCGCUAUGAUACCCCUGAGCAUAGACUAUUUCGUGAUCUUGACACAGUAUUUGAGGAUGAUUUCCACAAUCCAACAUUUUCUGGUCCAACUAGCGGUCCAAGACAACCAUGGCAUGACUUACAUUGCAAAAUUGAAGGACCUGCUGCAUAUGACGUGUUGACUAAUUUUGAGCAACGUUGGAGAAAAGCCACAAAGUGGUCAGAGUUGGGGCGGCGUUUUAAAAGGGUUACUCAUUGGCAUGAUGAUGCUUUGAUAAAAUUGGAGCGCAUCUCGUGGAUACUUAGUCCUUCGAAAUCAAUUGCAGAUGAUGAACCUACAUUAUGGGUUUCUAAGGAAGAUGAUCCUAAAAACUGGCAUGUUCAGGUUUUCCGAUCCAUAGAUUCAGGAUCUUUGAAAGGGUUUCCUAAAGAUGUCUAUGAAGCAGAGGCUCAGAAUCUUUCUUGGGCCAAAAGUUUAGUUAUAGACAAGAGCAUUCAAACGGCAUAUAUCCAAGCAAUCAGAUCUGCCCAACACUUCAUAUACAUUGAGAAUCAGUAUUUUCUUGGAUCAUCGUAUGCAUGGCCGUCUUACAAAGAAGCAGGUGCUUAUAAUCUAAUUCCAAUGGAAUUGGCAUUGAAAAUUGCUAGUAAGAUCAGAGCCAAAGAAAGAUUUGCAGUUUAUGUUGUCAUACCAAUGUGGCCCGAGGGUGUCCCAUCUUCUGCUGCUGUGCAAGAAAUUCUCUUUUGGCAGGGACAAACAAUGCAAAUGAUGUAUGAAGUUAUCGCACGAGAACUGAAAUCUAUGGAUCUUGAGAAUUCUCACCCUUUGGACUACCUAAACUUCUACUGCCUUGGUAAUCGGGAAGAUUCGUGUUCAAAUAUCAAAAGUGGAGAAGCGGUAUCAGCAUCACUAAAGUUUCAACGGUUUAUGAUCUAUGUACAUGCCAAAGGAAUGGUUGUAGAUGAUGAAUAUGUAAUAAUAGGGUCGGCUAAUAUCAACCAACGAUCUAUGGGUGGUUCAAGAGACACUGAAAUUGCCAUGGGUGCAUAUCAACCCCAUAACACAUGGGGUAAGAGGAAGCGACAUCCUCGAGGCCAGAUAUAUGGUUACAGAAUGUCACUUUGGGCAGAGCACAUGGGAAUGGUAGAUGAUUGCUUUAAAGAGCCUCAUAGUUUGAAUUGUGUAAAAAGCGUGAACCAGAUUGCUGAAGAUAAUUGGAAGAAAUACGUAGCAGACAGUUAUACACCAUUGCAGGGUCACAUCCUAAAGUACCCUGUAGAGGUAGAUGGCAAUGGGAAAGUAGGGCCCUUGCCUGGCCGAGAGACUUUCCCAGAUGUUGGCGGUAAGGUGCUUGGAGCCCGUUCUAACCUUCCUGACGCUUUAACCACAUAAGCAGGCUCCUCCUUUUCACUUCAAUAUUUAUUUAUUAUUAUCUUUUUAGAAAAUCAAUUAAUCGCAAAAGAGGAGGUGAAGUUUGAAAUUUUCUCACAUCCAAGUUUCACUGACAGAAGAUAUAAUUACACGAGUCCUCUUGGAUUUGAUUUGGCCUAGCUUGUAAUUUUUUUGUCCGCAUACUAACAAUCCCAUUGUAUAAGUCACACUGAAAAGUAUAGCAAGUGCAACAAUUUGUAUUCGUAACCGAGGAAAAUUGUUGGCGGAUCACGAUUUAUUUCCAAAUCAUUAUGGGAGUUCGUAUACGUAGGCAGGCAGACAGGAUAUAAAGCAUUGCAUUUUUCAUAAAAUUCCCGAUAAACUCUUUCUCUUGGUUAAGAUAAACUAUGGAAGAUAAAAUCCCAAGUCAAAUUUAACCAAAUUUUUAUUUUUAUUUUUUCCUGGCCAAAAUCCACACAUACUUAACCGAUUAUCUACAUUUCAGACAUUUCAAGUACAGAGAGAGCAAAGGCAAGACAAUACAUACACAAAUGAAAGGUCAGCACCAUAAAUCUACAACUCUUAAUAAAGAAAGAUGUAGUGGAAAAUUAAAAAAGAAAAAACAAACAAAUGCACCAUAUAAGUGCUUUCAUCUCAUACAUUCUCUUAUCUCAAGCACGAUUUAUGAUAGCUCUACUACCUCCCCAAAAAAAAAGAGGAAAG